AGGCAAACAAAGCGGCGAGGUGUGCGCUGAACCAGGUUCACCGGGUUACCUGCAUACCUUCAGAAACAGUACAAGAACCAUCUUACUAACAGAAUGGUGACUACGUGUUGCGUAUUGGGAUGUGCUACUCGCGCGAAGACUGGAAGUGGCAUCGGUUUCUUUCGAUUCCCGAAGCAUGAUCCUGAACGACGCCAACAGUGGAUUCGCGCUGUUCGAAGGCGAAACUGGGAACCGACUGAGAACGACCGGGUUUGCGGCGAGCACUUCUUGCAGGGACAACCUUGUCACACGCACAAAAACCAUCCAGACUGGAUUCCCUCCCUGUUUUCUUUCACCCAACGGAACCGAGAGCUUGAAGCCCGGAACCUCAAGCGGUUUGAGAGGAGUCUGAAACGGCUGCGGCGUUUGGCUGUACGCACCACAAGCUCUCCUGCGCCCAACAGCGUACCAUCAAACAGCACCAGCAACUCAGAAUUUUCUUCAAAGCCUUCCAGUAUGCUUCCUGCCCAGGGCUACACUGUACGAGGCCACUUUCCAACUUCUGCUAUUCCUGGUAUGCCUACUCCAGCGUUCGUGGUCAACAGCGAUGGAAGUGUUGGAAGCACCUGCACCACAACAGUUAAGGGCCCCACUUUCUUGCUGUGCAGUGGCGCCGGAAUUCCGAGGCUUGUGAAUCAGGAGUCUGCAACCAACCAGGUUGUGAUUCUUCUCGGUCCGGGAGUGUCACCAACAGCCAUCGCACCAACUACGACUGUGAUGUCCAACAAUACUCCUAUUGUGCACCAUGUUGUGGGCAGCACACAGCUUGGGUCUUCAGGAUUGCAGAGGGUUGCACCAGCCUUGGAAGGCAGCGAGCAAGAAAGGGCAGCACCACAGAUCCGUGUCACCAAUGUCUGGAGCACAGCCUCAGACACAACCUUGUCUGCAACCGAGGAAGAGGAUGAGCGAGCAGUCGUGGUAGAAGGCAACACCAAUGAGCAAAUUUUGCCAACAACAGAAGGGAAUGCAGAGUGCCUGCCAGACCCGCUGGACACCGACCUGGAGAUGGCAGUGAGCGAAGAUGACGACAUGGAAGAUGCAAUCUCAAAGGGAACUGCGCCAACUCGUCAAAUAGAAUGUGCCACAAUGCCUUGGAACUCGUCAGAACAGAGGUGCGGCAGGGCCGAGCUGCCGAUGCCAGGCAGGGAGCAGCUGGAGACGGCAGGUGCGUUGGCAGAGACUUCGCCACGGCCACGGAUCGUGGAUGUCUGGAGCGCUGCCUCCGACUCCACCCUGACUGCAAGUGAAGGGGACACGGAAGCCACAGGCCCUGCGGUGCAUGGUUCUUCAACGUACAGCCUUGAUGAACCAGACUACAUCCUGCCUUGCACCGAGAUGCCAAACUAAGGUGGACUGAGGGCUACCAGCAAGGCAGUCAAAACAGUAGAGGACAUGGAGCCGAGCACAUCGUGCCAACAGCUUCAGUAAGAGAACAAACAACUUCAAGAAGAAGUGGCCAGGCUCGUAGCCAUUUCAAGAGCAGCACUUAAUUGGCUGAUGGAGCAAGCGAAUGCUAAUUGUGCCAGGAGCACAGACCUGUAUAUAUUGUACAUCAUGUAUAGUUUUCAUCAUUUUAAUGAAAUAAAAUGCUUUCUGUUUUGACCA